AUGUACAGGGAGGAGUUCGACUUUAUCAUCGUGGGCGCGGGCGCGUCCGGAGGCGCUGUGGCCCUGCGCCUCACCGAAAACCCAAACUGGAAGGUCCUGCUGCUGGAGGCCGGAGGGGAGGAGGAAUCCAUCAUGGACAUCCCUUUGCUCCUGGGCCAGUUCCUCGGCACCGACGCCAACUGGCACUACCGCACCACCCCUCAGACGACUUGCUGCGUGCUGAUGAAGGACUCCAGGUGCGACUACCCGGCCGGCAGAAUGGUCGGCGGCGGCACCCCGCUCACCUUAAUGUUGACCAUCCGAGGCAGCUCAAAGGACUACGACAACUGGGCGAAUAUGGGCAAUAAGGGAUGGUCGUUCGCUGAUGUUCUUCCCUACUUCAAGAAAUUGGAGGAUGUGCAAAUUCCUGAAAUCCAGAAUAGUGAUUACAGAGGAUACGGAGGAAGAAUAAAAAUAUCAUACACGCCUUACUUCUUUGAUGUGGGCAAUCUGAUCCUCAAAGCAGCUGAGGAAGCGGGCUUCCCCAUGACGGACGACUACAACGGCGAGAAGCAGACAGGAACGGGACGCAUGCAGACCACAACGUACAAAGGUUCCCGCUGGAGCGCCAACCCAGGAUACUUAGACGAGGCGCGCGCCCGCCCCAACCUCUUUCUGCGCACGCGCAGCUUCGCCACGCGCCUCGUGCUGGAGGGCGUGCGCGCGCGCGGCGUGCGCUACGAGCGAGGCGGCCACGAGCACGUCGCCUACGCUACGCGCGAGGUGAUCCUGUCGGCGGGCGCCGUCAACUCCCCCGCCAUCCUCAUGCACUCGGGCAUCGGGCCGGCGGACCACCUGCAGCAGCUGGGCAUACCGGUGGUGCAGCCGCUGCCCGUCGGGCACAACCUCAUGGACCACACGGCGCUCAUCGCCACCUUCACCACUCUCAACGAGACCGUCAGCCCUAGCAUACCCGAUGUUUUGCUCAAUCCCUUGAACCUUGUCAACUAUUUCGCUAGGAAGUCCGGUCCAUUCACAAGUCCCGGAGGUUUUGAGGCAAUUACAUUUCAUGAGGUUAAGGGAGCCAAGUUCCAUACUCCUGGUUGGCCGGAUGUGGAGAUUUUGUACGCCUCGACUAACCCGUUGGCGACCCGAGGUUUGGCAGAUGUAUUUCGAUUAUCGGAUGUAGCAUACGAUCGACUUCUCAAACCGAUCAAAGGCAAGCCAGCUAUAUUUGCUGCAAUAUGGCGGCUUCGACCCAAGAGCAGAGGGCGCAUCUAUCUUCUGAACAACGACACAUCCACGCCGCCCCAGAUCGACCUUCGCGGACUUUCCGACGCAGAGGACAGGCAGGCGGUGCUGGCUGGGUUGAGGGCUUUCCAGAAGGUGGUUGCCGCCCCCAGUUUACAGAAGGUGGGCGCUCGGAUGUUGGACAUUCCGGUGCCAGGGUGUGAGGAUUUCGACUUUGAUUCGGAUGAAUACUGGGACUGCGCCAUGCAGCAGAUGUCAAUCACGAUCUAUCACCAGAGUGGAACCGCCAAAAUGGGACAUCAAAGAGAUCCAACGGCUGUGGUCACUCCCGAUCUGAAAGUGAUUGGUGUGGAUGGAUUGCGAGUCGUGGAUUCAUCCAUCAUGCCGUCAAUGGUUGCAGCUCAUUUUCAGAUGCCUUGUUACAUGAUUGGAGAGAGGGCAGCUGAUCUGAUCAAGCAGAGUUAUCAGAAUUAA